AUGACCACAACUCAGGAGCACUCCCUGUCCCUGACCUUCACCAUCGACAAUGGCGUGGCGCAGUCCGCAGACGGCUCUUUGCUCUGGACUCUUCAUCCUCCAUCCCCAUCCGGGCAGCGCCACUUGCAAGAACAGGUAGAAGAAGAAGAAGAAGCAGAGUUUCUCGACGACGCGAGUGACUACGACGACGACGACGACCUAAGCAUAGACAUGGAGAUCACUCAGACGAUGAUGCAGCACCUCCGAGAUUUGAUAGCUCGUGAACGACAAGGAACGCACUGCGUCGGCGCCGGCGAGGAAGGUGCCGUCUUCGUCCCCGCGUCCGGCGCGGCGGUCGCCGGCCUGGAGAAGCAAGCCUUCGACGCCACGGCGGAAGGGUGCGGCGCCAUCACAGGGUGCGCGAUCUGCUUGGAGAACUUCGAGGACGGCGAGGAGGUCACCGUCAUGCCGUGCUCCCGCGGGCACGAGUUCCACCUGGACUGCAUCACAACGUGGUUAGGGAAGAGCAAUACGUGCCCUCUCUGUCGCCACGCUUUGCCCACAGACGACGUCAUGGACGAUGAUGACCUGUAA